UUACACAGUCUUUUUUUUUAGCAGGUAGAUAGGAAGGGAUGCUAAGGAACCUGGUCAAGUACCACCAUCUAGUGGACAAAUAUGAUAACAGACCAGAAACUUCCUGAAUUCUCCGCCUCUCCUCCUGUCAGAGUAUAAAGCUGGGACAGAGUCACUGCUGAGACAGAAAGAUACACAGAAGAGAAAAGACAAUUCAACCAGCUUUCAUCUGCCAACAAAAAGACUCAAGACUUGAAACUCUGAAAAUGCUGUGCUCUCGAGGUCUUCACUCUGAUCUCAGUCCAUCCAUGUUCUUCUUCUCACCUGUACGCAGUCUGUGGCCAGAGGUCAGACCUCUGUUCUACCAGCGGGAUCUGUUGCAGAGGAACCUGCAGGAGCUGCGCAGCAGUCUGGAGCUGAUGGACAAAUUUCAAGACAAGAUCCUGGAGGAGACGGAGCCUUUCCAGAGCAGUGUGACCCUGCAACCAGUGAGCUUCCAGCUGGACAAAGAUGGACAGAACUUUGGCCUGACCCUGGACACUCAAGGCUUUUCUCCAGAGGAGCUGUCUGUCAGGCAGGUGGGCAGAAAGCUGAGAGUCAGCGGGAAGACAGAGAAGAAACAGGAGGACGGGAAAGGCUCCUACUCUUACAGACUCCAGGAGUUCAGACAAGAGUUGGAUCUGCCUGAAGGCCUGAACCCUGAAGCCGUCACCUGCUGCCUGUCUCCAGACGGAAAGCUCCACAUCCAGGCCGCCAAAGAGGAGGCUGACAGAGAACUGACCAUCAAGAGGAGCUCGGAGGAGGAACCACAGCAGAGAGAGUUCACAGAAACAAGAUAGCAAAGUGCAGACUCCCAAUACAUCAUAGAACAAACAGGAGAACCUGGACUUAAACUCUACAUGUGCAUAUCUGAUCAUUUCUUAUUAAUGGUAUUUAAGCUAAUUUAGCUCAUUUUGAUGUUAAACAUGUCUUCAUUUUUAAAUGUAUUAUUUAGUUCUGACUGUUUGUAACAAACAUGUUCAUGAAAAUGUCAGAGACAUAUGUAAUUGAGCAAUCAUAACCAAUCAGUUGAUUUAGAUAUUUACUCAUAUUUUUUUGGAUGAUCAAAGUUGAGAAAAUAAAUUGUUCAA